CAGGUUCAGCUCGCAUGACCCACAUAUCUAACCAAUAAGUGGCAGUCGUGGUAUGGCGUCGUAUAUGCCUACGCGGCAGACUAUUUCUUCCCUUGGUCAAUUUGCCCCCAAGGAGGACGACCGAAGGAGAAAGCAGGUCGCCACAUCAGCUGGUUCAGAGGACGAAUCUAGCUACGUUCCCUCCUUGCCCGGUGUCGACGCUUGCUCGAUCAAGUGCAAUCCUCAAGUGAAUAUUGCACAAGGAGAGAUUGGAAAAACAUCCGAAAAGGUGGGAAAGCUAGAGGACGAAGGCGAAUUGGGCGCUCUGGCAACGGAGUCCCUUGCAUUAGUCCGGCAUAAGCAUCGGCCCUUCAAACCACUGGGGUCACCCCCAGAGGAGGGCAAUCACGAAACUAGUCAUUUGAGGUGUACAACCUGCUCCUUGUUGCCUUCUGGCGUGCCACAGCCCCCUUGUAAAGGCAAGAGUCUCAGUCAUUUGAUCCCGGCGCCCCUCUCUCCAUCGUCGCCGACACUGUCAACGACGCACGGCGACUCUGUUACACUGCAAGAACCUUUCCUGCCCGCGGACGUGCCGAAUCCUGUUCCAGCGAAUACAUCCACGUCGAAGGACCCUGUCAGUGACGUUUGUGGCGUCUUGGUGGAAGGCCACGGAGGGCUGCUCUCGACAGACCUGGAACCCACCGCCUCCUUGCCUGGAGGGGCGGCGCAUUUACCCGCCUCAGGGAAGAGACAAACUGUUGUUAGGAUUAAGGACGCGGACACUGACUCGGAGAGCAGCAGCACCUGCAGCACCUGCAGCGGCAGCAGCGCAAGUGGACCACCGAGUCCGUCGCACGCACCUUCCCUCGCAAGUGAGGGUCUUAGCAGCCUGAGUACGACAACCACCGUUAGCGCAGCCUCCACUUCCUCGGACGUUUCCCCAUCAGGACCUGCGCGUGGGAGGUUGGAGGUGACCAAGAUGUUUUUGCCCCACGAGUCGUCGGAACUUGAAAUGGAUGAAGACAGGGAUGUACGGCCCGACCCCGGCGCUGCCGCCGCAGCCGCCGCCCGGGCAACCGCGGCCAAGUUGCUCAAAAUCCACCGCGACCUUACCCCAUCUCCACCUUGCGCCGAGCAUGUGCGGGUUCACCCGUUGAGCUUGCAGGAGCUUGCUUUGGUCGACGAGUCGCCGGCUCAUCUGACGUCGCCACGCCUGUCCUCCCCCUUCACGCAGGGCCAGGUCCUUUCCUGCCGCACGGGGUUUGGGAAGGCGGGCCGUGGAAAGGCCUACAGAGGUCCGGCCCGGCAAGUGAAGGGUCCGCUGGUCUUGUACGGCGAGGACGUGCUGGCGGAGGCGGAACUCGUCUUGCCCCCCGGAGAAGACAGGGGAGGAGAGGGCCGGCCGCAGUGGGUGAGGGUGAUGGGUGUAUUUGACGGGCAUGGGCUGCAUGGCAAGGAAGCAGCGCGGAUGGCGGCGGAGAUGUUCUUGCGCGACAUGCGGCGGACGACCAUGCAGACCCUGGAGGCGCUCUUGGCGGGCGAUGUGGGCGGAGUCCGGCGGGUGGAGGAGGAGCGGUACCGGUGCUUGGAAGAAUACUUGGAGAAAGAACUGCAAAGCCCAACAGGAGGCACGACCGGGUCGACAGUCCAAUUGCUUGCCUUGACCGGGAAGGUGUUUGGGGUGGUGAGCAAUGUGGGGGACUCGCCAGUCCUGCUGGUGGAGACCCGCACGGGAAGGGUGCAGGUCUUGACGGGCCGGCACGCCUGGGACAACCCGGAGGAGCGGCAACGGUACUUGGCACGGUGCGCGCGCAUGGGGGUGAUGCCCAGAGAGGUGGUGUACGGGCGGAUCAAUUGUGGGGGUAUGCGGAUGACGGAUAGGAACGGGACGCAGGAGCCCUUGCUCAUGUACAAGCCUGGAAGCAGCGAGGUGUGUACGGAGACACGGGACUGGCUGUGCGAGCAGGUGGAGAAGCGAUACCGGAAUUCUAUUGGAGGCAGCCAGAGCAUCCGAAGGAUGGUGCUCGAGCGCUUAAAGGCGGGGGAGGAGGAGGGCGGGGAGUGGGAGGUGUUCAAGGCGUUGGAGGGGCAUGGACACAUGAAUUGGGGCGCAACAGUGCUUGUGAAUGGGGAAGGAAAGAUUCAGAUGACGCGUUCGCUCGGCGAUCGACAGGAGAAAAGAGCGGCUUACAUAUGGGCGGAGCCUGACGUGGCCGUCUUCGAGGUGGGGCCGGGGGAGGAUUGGACGGUGGUGGCAUGCUCGGACGGGGUGGGGGACAUGUGGUAUUUCCACGAGUUGGGUGCCCUGGCCACGGCCUUCUUUGCGAAGAAAGACGAGGCGGGGGGAGAGGGGGGAGAGGGAGGGGGAGCGCAAUUGAUCUUGGAGGAGACGAUCGAGCGCGGGGAGGUGACGCCAGGAUACGGUGUGGCGCCGCGAGUCUUCAGCGUGGUGCGAGGGGAAGGACUGAAACGUCCCCUCUGGGACGAUUUGAGCGUCCACUGUGCGCGCAUUCAGACAUAG